AGAGCAAAAAAACACCACAACUGCUUUAACACCGAGGCCGCUCGGGCAGUUCCAGCGAGACUAGCCCCAGCGCAGCGGCCCCCCCCCCCCCGGGAACAGCGGUUACGGCGCUGCAGACGCUGAGACUCGCCAACCAAGACCCUCUUGCUUCAUUCCCAGGGCCCUUUCCCCACCCCACAUCCUUGCAAAAGGUAAGACAGGAAUUGCUGGAGAAACUCAGCAGAUCUGUCGAGAGAGAGAGAGAGUCAAAGCAGAGUGAACGUGUCCAGUCUAACAACUGAAGUCGAUAAUCACUGGGAAAGGUGUUCACCCAUCAUGGAAGGGAUCAAGCAUGUAGUAUCCACUGCGAGAGCUGCCUACAAUCAGGGAAAAUCCCAGCCUCUGGAAUUCCGCAUCCAGCAACUGAAGGCGCUGGAGAGAAUGAUCAAUGAGAAAAAAGAGGAGCUCUCAGUCGCACUGAAAAAGGACUUGCGCAAGAACGAUUAUGCUGUGGAUGUGUUUGAACUUGCCGGCAUUCUGAAUGAGAUUUCUCUGGCCAUCACCAAACUGCCUGAGUGGACUGCUCCAGAGUACGUGUCAAAGAGUGUGAUGACAUUAAUGGACACUGUUUAUAUCCAUCGAGAGCCUCUCGGGGUGGUCCUGAUCGUAGGGGCCUGGAAUUAUCCUUUGGCUCUUAUUGUCCAGCCUCUAAUUGGGGCAAUUGCAGCAGGAAACGCCGCAGUCCUGAAGCCAUCGGAAGUGAGUGAGAAUACGGCCCAGCUACUGGGGGAUCUCCUCCCUCAAUACUUGGACAAGGAUCUUUACCCUGUCGUUAACGGAGGGGUCGAAGAGACAACGGAGGUGUUGAAGCAGCAGUUCGAUCACAUCCUGUACACGGGCAGUACCAACGUUGGCAGGAUCGUUAUGGAGGCUGCAGCCAAACAUCUGACCCCUGUGACCCUGGAGCUUGGCGGGAAAAGCCCAUGUUACAUUGAUGGUGACUGCGACCUGGACGUGGCCUGCAGACGUAUUGCGUGGGGACGGUACACGAACUGUGGUCAGACCUGCAUUGCUCCAGAUUACAUCCUGUGUAAUCAGAGAAUACAGGAUGAAGUGGUGAAGAAGAUUGGCUCUGCUGUCUCUGAAUUCUACGGCGCUGAUCCCCAGAAAUCCCCAGACUACGGACGUAUUGUAAACCAGCGGCAUUUUCAGAGACUGAUGUCUUUGCUGGAGGGAGAGAACGUGGCGUUUGGUGGUCAGAGCGAUGAAAAGGAUCUCUACAUAGGUACUUGUAGAGGCGGGCGGAGGGGGAGUGUGAUCAGUAACAGUGACUUGUUGUGCUGGUAACGCAGAGGUACG